CAAGGGUCACAGAAGCGGCGAGGGGACGAGGGGUGCCAUAAGAGAAGAGAGGGAAAGGGGAAAAAGAAGCGAGGGAGAGGGAGGAUAUGAAGAGCGGUCCAGACGAGGGAGAGUAAACGACCGCGAAGAAGACUGGAAACGCGCCCCACGUGAAUUCGAAGACGGACGCAAAAGCGAACCAGAGCCGACUUUCCGAACGCACAACCACAGCGAUGGUGAUGACGAACGUCUCAUCUGCGUUGGACGUCCUGUCGGCUCUUGGGUUGCGUUGGUCACAGGGUCCGCGCGCAUUGGAUGAGCGGGUAUGAAGAAGGCAGCCUGGAGAGUGAUGGGGGAAUAUAUCAUCGUGAUGGCUAUGCGAGCGUGUCAGUCGCAGGGGCUAUACCAUACGUUGUGAAGCACGUUUAUUCACCAACUCGUGCGUGCCUGUUUUAUGCGAUCAGAGAACAGCAUGGCAUUGUAAUGUAUAUCCAGGGGACGGUUGUCAUCAUACCUCAUACAGUACACUGUAUUAUUUUUUCUUAUCCAAGCAGGAUUUUAUUCACUCGAAAUGCUGGAGUUGCUGUGUGGCAUACAAAUUUGAACACAUGCGCUCGAUGGCGACGGGAACUAUUGAGACGCAUCAGUACUACCCACGACUUGGCCGCGACGACCAGGGUUUCCAUCACCGAUCAUCCAAGGCCGCCGUCGAUCGAUAGGAAUAUGCAUGAAAGAAUAGCCUACCAGACCUGCAGUCACCGAUAUUGAUAUUCUACUGUAAAUGGCAUUGUUGAAACACUUAAACCGUCG